CGGCCGUUCCGCUUAGAGGAGGGCCGUAGGGAGCCAUGGCGCCCAGCCGGAAUGGCAUGAUCCUGAAGCCCCACUUCCACAAGGACUGGCAGCGGCGUGUGUCCACGUGGUUCAACCAGCCGGCGCGGAAGAUACGCAGGCGCAAGGCCCGACAAGCUAAAGCCAGCCGCAUCGCCCUGCGGCCCGCGUCCGGCCCCAUCCGGCCCAUCGUGCGCUGCCCGACAGUGCGCUAUCACACCAAAGUCCGUGCAGGCCGGGGCUUCAGCCUGGAAGAGCUGAGGGUGACCGGCAUCCACAAGAAGGUGGCCCGAACCAUCGGCAUCUCCGUGGAACCCAGGAGGCGGAACAAGUCCACCCAGUCCUUGCAGGCCAAGGUGCAGCGACUUAAGGAGUACCGCUCCAAGCUCAUCCUCUUCCCCAGGAAGCCCUCUGCCCCCAAGAAGGGAGACAGCUCUGCGGAGGAACUCAAACUGGCCACACAGCUUACUGGACCUGUGAUGCCCAUCCGAAAUGUCUACAAGAAGGAGAAAGCCCGGGUUAUCACGCAAGAAGAGAAGGACUUCAAGGCCUUUGCCAGUCUCCGCAUGGCCCGUGCCAACGCCCGGCUCUUUGGCAUCCGAGCGAAAAGGGCCAAGGAGGCUGCAGAGCAGGAUGUGGAGAAGAAGAAGUAGUGUUGCCAGGGCCUUUAAUAAACUCCGAGACCCA